AUGACUCUCCUUGCGCUCAAGGAAGACAGGCCAACGCCAAAGGCCGUUUAUAACUGGCGUGUCUACACAUGCGCGGCGAUCGCCAGUUUUGCCUCUUGCACGAUCGGCUAUGAUUCUGCCUUCAUUGGCACCACGCUUGCGUUGCCAUCCUUCACCAAGGAAUUCGAUUUUGCCUCUUACACGCCUGGUGCUCUCGCCUUGCUUCAGUCCAACAUCGUAUCGGUCUACCAAGCCGGCGCCUUCUUUGGCAGUCUUUUCGCCUUUGCGACUAGUUACUUCAUGGGCCGUCGCAAAUCUCUCAUCGCCUUCUCCAUCGUCUUCAUCAUUGGCGCCGCCAUUAUGCUUGCUGCUGAUGGCCAAAGCCGAGGCAUUGCUCCGAUUAUCGCAGGCAGAGUGCUGGCUGGUAUUGGCGUUGGAGGUGCCUCCAACAUGGUACCCAUUUACAUCUCGGAGCUCGCGCCGCCCGCUGUUCGUGGCCGUCUUGUUGGCAUUUAUGAGCUCGGCUGGCAGAUUGGUGGUCUAGUCGGAUUUUGGAUCAACUACGGCGUCAACAACACCAUGGCCCCGACGAGGUCGCAGUGGCUAAUCCCCUUCGCCGUUCAGCUCAUCCCUGCCGGCCUCUUGUUCUUGGGCAGCUUCUGGAUCCCCGAGUCUCCGCGGUGGCUUUUUGCCAACGGCAAGAGAGAAGAGGCAAUGAAGGUAUUGUGCUGGAUGCGCAACCUCGAGCCCACCGAUCAAUACAUUGUUGAGGAAGUUUCGUACAUUGACGCCGACCUGGAACGGUAUGCCCGAGAGGUCGGCAAGGGUUUCUGGAAGCCGUUCCUGUCUCUUAAGCAACGCAAGGUUCAGUGGCGCUUUUUCCUUGGUAGCAUGCUCUUCCUCUGGCAGAACGGAAGCGGUAUCAAUGCCAUCAACUACUACUCCCCCACGGUCUUCAAGAGCAUCGGCAUUACCGGUACCAACACCGGCUUCUUGACCACGGGCAUCUUCGGCGUCGUUAAGACAGUGCUCACCAUCAUCUGGCUUCUGUGGCUUGUCGAUCUGGCCGGUCGCCGCCGCAUGCUCUUCAUCGGUGCGGCUGGCGGGUCGCUCUGCAUGUGGUUCAUUGGAGCCUACAUCAAGAUUGCCGGUCCUGGAUCGACCAAGGCGGAAGACGCCAAGCUGACCUCUGGCGGUAUCGCAGCCAUCUUCUUCUUCUACCUCUGGACUGCCUUCUACACCCCUUCGUGGAACGGCACACCUUGGGUCAUCAACUCGGAGAUGUUUGACCAAAACACGCGGUCCCUGGGUCAGGCAUCAGCCGCGGCCAGCAACUGGUUCUGGAACUUUAUCAUUUCGCGUUUCACGCCGCAAAUGUUCUUGAAGAUGAAGUACGGCGUGUACUUCUUCUUUGCCUCGCUCAUGCUGCUGUCGAUUGUGUUCAUUUACUUCUUCAUCCCCGAGACCAAGUCGAUCCCGCUCGAGGCCAUGGAUCGCUUAUUCGAAAUCAAGCCUGUUGCCAACGCCAACAAGAUUCUCAUGGCCGAGCUCAACUUCGACAGGGGAGGUCCAGAGCGAGAGGAGUCUUCGCUGGACGAGAAGGACAGGGUGACACAGAGCGAGACCGCAGUCUAA